AUCGCCGCCCAGUAUGAUGGCAUCGAUUUAUCCUCCAAGAAACAGUAUAUUAACGAAGUUAUCAAGGAGGUGAGCAGCUGUAGUUACUUCAUUUGGCAGCAUACCCAUUUGUUUCUCCCCUGCCUGAUUCAUUCCCGACACACUAUUAUUGUCGUGCCCCGAACGUAG